CUCCAGAAAAAAAGGAAAAGUAACUCAAGAAAGGAAAAAACUCAUGGUGGUGGUACACGGUCGGAAGGAGGGGGACUCUUAUUUUGCUAUUAAUCGGAUCGUCGAGAUUUUGUGACCACAGACUGCACCUGAUAAGCUGUCGGUUGAGCUCUUGUGGGACGGGCUGUGUGUAUUUCAAAGUUGGAUUUAUUCGACCACAGAGCCGUGAAGCGCUGCGGAGAUUUGGACGGUAUGCAGCGCUCGGCUUGAGACACCGACGCUGGAGUUUUCGGCACUAUUCCUGGGGGUCCUAACUUAUUUGAUACAUCUUCAAGUUUGUAGCGGACAUUUAACAACGCCGCCAGAAGCCACAGUGUUACUCUGUAGCAUAAGUUUUGAACAGUUCUGCUGCGGCUCCGUAGAUCAACAGUUCUUAUAUUGUGAGAGCCGCCCGGGUGUCCUUUAACAUUUUGCUGUUGCAUGUUUGUCAAACAUGCCACCAAAGGCAGUCACCCUAACGAGAAAGUAGCUUUUAGCCUUUUAUGAACUCACUGUCGACUUCUGUCUGGGUUCAAGGCGACACACGAGCUCUCUGUCGGCUACUGUUGCUUUUUAAUCUGUGAAUCACCUUUGAUUUUUAGCCCGCGUCGGACACCAGAGGAGAAAGUUGGACUGGGAACUAAAUGACUGCCACUGGGAUGGAAAACGUUUUACUGCGCCGCACUCGUUCUUUCUAUUAGCCUCUGUAUCACAAGAAGACUAUUAAUGUGCUAUAAAAAGCACCCAGUCUCUCCAAAUCUACAUUAAUAUUCCAGUUCGUGGGACCGAGGAGAGAACUCAGCGGCCGCGCUAUUAAAACUGGAUACAAAAUGGCGGCGUCCCUGGGACGAUUUGGAUUUGUUUCUCGUUGUGUUUUUUAUUUCAUUUUGUCGGACCAGCUGUUAAUCAGUUAUGGACUGAGUUCAGACUUGCCGUGUGCCCAGAACUGUACGUGCAACGGAGAUUCAGUGGACUGUAGCGACCUGGAGCUGACGGCUACCCCUCUGGAUCUUCCCGUCCGGACUGUUUCCUUAAAUCUUGGCCACAACAAGCUGACCGCCAUCGGUGUUGAAGCGUUUGACAACCUUCCAAACUUGAGAGAACUGCGUUUGGACCACAAUGAGCUGACCUCCAUACCAAAUUUAGGACAGGCUGCUUCCAAGAUUGUAUCUCUCUACCUACAUCAUAAUAAGAUCCGCAGUAUAGAUGGCAGACGGACCAGAGAGCUGGUUUCUGUGGAAACCCUGGACCUGAGCAAUAAUGACAUCACUGAGCUCCGAGGGCACUGCUUUCCUGCAGGCCUCCAAAUCAGAGACCUCUACCUGAGCAACAACAAGAUCAUCGCGUUGGAGCUCGGCGCCCUGGACCAUCUGGGUUCAACUCUACAGGUCCUGAGACUGAGCCGAAACCGCAUCAGCCAGAUCCCUGUGAGAGCCUUCCAGCUCCCAAGGCUCACCCAACUUGAGCUGAACAGGAACCGUAUUCGUCAGGUGGAGGGUCUGACCUUCAAGGGUCUGUCCAGCCUGGAGGUCCUCAAGCUACAAAGAAACAGCAUCAGCAAACUUACUGAUGGGGCCUUCUGGGACCUGGCCAAGAUGAAAGUCCUUCACCUGGACUACAACAGCCUGACAGAGGUGAACAGUGGCUCUCUGUACGGCCUGACCUCCCUUCAGCAGUUAUUCCUCAGUAACAACUCUAUAGCCCGCAUCAACGCUGAUGGAUGGAAGUUCUGCCAGAAGCUCAGGGAACUGAAUCUAUCGUACAACAACUUGACUCGUCUGGAUGAAGGCAGCCUGGCUGUGUUAGGGGAUCUCCACACUCUCCGUCUGGGCCACAACUCCAUCAGCCACAUCACCGAGGGAGCCUUCAGAGGCCUCAAGGCCGUACGCAUCCUGACUCUGUUUGGAAACAAGAUCAAGUCGGUGGCCAAGAAAGCCUUCUCUGGCCUGGAGACCCUGGAACACCUGAACCUGGGAGAGAACGCUAUUCGAUCCAUCCAGACCGAUGCCUUCAGUAAAAUGAAGAACCUCAAAACCCUUCUCAUUCAGAGCGACAGCUUCCUGUGUGACUGCCAGCUCCACUGGCUGCCCGACUGGUUGGUGACACGUGGUUUGCAGGCUGGUGUCAAUGCCACCUGCGCCCACCCUGAGAGCCUCAAGGGCACCAGCAUCUUCCAGGCUCCGUCCAGCAGCUUUGUGUGCGAUGACCUUCCGAAACCUCAAAUCACCGUGCAGCCAGAAACUACGGUGACAGUCCUCGGUAGCGACGUGCGUCUCACCUGCACGGCCGCGAGCAGCAGCUCCUCCCCCAUGACCUUCGCUUGGCGCAAGGACCAGGAGCUACUUCGCCACGCCGAGACGGAGAACUAUGCCCAUGUGCGCGCUCACCACCAAGGCACAACAUCUGAUUCGCCAGGUUCAGGUGGAGGCGUGAUGGAGUACACCACUAUCCUGCACCUGCGGCACGUCACCUUCGCCCACGAGGGCCGUUACCAGUGCAUCAUCACCAACCACUUUGGCUCCACCUACUCCAGCAAAGCCCGCGUCAUUGUCAACGUUCUCCCAUCCUUCGUAAAGACUCCCAGGGACAGCACCAUCAGGACGGGCCACACAGCGAGGCUGGAGUGCGCCGCCGAGGGCCACCCGGCACCACAGAUCGCCUGGCAGAAGGACGGCGGCACCGAUUUCCCCGCUGCCCGCGAGCGCCGAAUGCACGUCAUGCCCGACGACGACGUGUUCUUCAUCAUGGACGUCAAGCCGGAGGACAUGGGCGUUUACAGCUGCACUGCCAAAAACACGGCGGGCACUGUCUCUGCAAACGCCACGCUCACUGUGCUGGAAACACCCCACCUGGCCCAGGACCUGGAGGACCGCAGCGUGGUGGUGGGAGACACGGUGGCCCUGCAGUGUAAGGCCCUGGGCAGCCCUCCGCCCCGUAUCACCUGGCUGCGCAACGACCAGCCCCUGCGCCCCUCCGACAGACACCACUUCACCCCGGGGAACCAGCUGCUGGUCAUCGGCUCCGCCUCGGUGGAGGACGCCGGCCGCUACACCUGCCUCAUGUCCAACACCCUGGGCACGGAGCGCGCUCACAGCCAGCUGGUGGUGAAUCAGCGCCGCAGCCCCUGCACGCCGCCGGUGGGGCCGAGCACGGUCACCAUAGGGAUCAUAGUCAUCGCUGUGGUGACGAGUAUCGUGGUGACGUCACUGGUGUGGGUGUGCAUCAUCUACCAGACCAGGAAGAAGAGCGAGGAGUGCAGUGUCACCAACACAGAUGAGACGAUAGUUCCUCCAGACGUACCCAGCUACCUCUCGUCCCAGGGCACUCUGUCCGAGCGGCAGGAUGUGUGUAUCCGCGUGGAGGCCAGCGGUGGACCUCAACCCAACGGACACGUUGUAGACACCGCAGGUUUCGACGGCGCGGUCGUGUGCACAGAUUGUAUGGAGAACGGCAGCAGCUACUCCAAAGACCCCGACUACCUUACGCACGGGUUCAGCCCUGCGGGAGGAAUGGAGUACCAACAGCACACCCCCACCGCUCCCCCACCCUACUCUCAUUUUCAUCCAGGAGAGCAGCACGACGCGGGGCCGCACCCGACCCCGCUCUGCAAUGGGACACCCAACGGGAUCCGAAAGGACAUUCAAGGAUUUCCCAAAAACCACAAUACGUUACAGCACGAUCGAAAAGUGAGCAGAGGGGGACAAACGCCGGCUCCAUCAGAGGAGGUCUUCUUCCACAAGCCGGUGAAGCUGGGCGUGACGGGCCUCGACAGUGACUGUGAGCCUGAGCUCAGGCAGACUCUGCUGUCCAACGGACACACCCUCAGAGCCUCUCAGAAUGAGAGCGCCCCCCUAAGGAGAGCCAGCGACUAGCAGGCACUCCAUCCAGCCCAAAACGUGGACUUGCAGUAGCAGAGUGGACUUCUAUAUUUUUUUUUUUGCACUGGGAAAUAAACUCCUACCUCAUAUCGAGGCGAUUGAUCCUGAGCCUCCUGGAUCUGGACUGAAGGAACCGGGGGGGGGGGGGGGCGGC